CAUGUGCAAAACCAUAACCAUAUCAGCAGAUUCUUCUUCAUCAGAUGGAUUCUCAACUGGUAAUUAAGUUUUUAUUGUUGGGUCUAAUCCAUAUGCUUUUUAUCCGUGGAAACAGGGGUUGCUUUGAAGAGGAGAAGACGGCUCUUCUAGAAUUCAAGGCUUUUGUUAAAUCAGAUGGCUCUGAUGCAGAUCAACUUCUUCCUUCAUGGGUUAAUGACCCAGAGCAUAAGAGUUGUUGUAAAUGGGAGAGGGUCGGUUGCGACUCCACCACAGGCCAUGUGAUCAAGCUCUCCCUCAGCAAUACCAGGCAGUUUGAUGUACGCUCAAGUAGCUUAUAUGACCCCCAAAACAGCUGGCAUUUAAACCUGUCCUUGUUUCAGCCAUUUAAGGAGCUAAGAAGUCUGAAUUUAUCCUUCAAUGUAAUUUCUAGGAUACAGAACAAAGGUACGCUUGUUGUGUAAUCUUCCUCCCUUUAAUCUGCAAUAAUUUAAACUGUAGGAGCUACAAGCUAGAUUGAAUCACUUAAGAACUUACCCAAAUAGUAAAAGCCCUUGAGAAAUUGACUUUUCUCUCUUUUGGAAAUGAUCGUGUGCAAAUGUUUUUUGGUUGUGGUUAGGCUUUUUGUCUCUGUUUCUUUUGAGAGUACCUCUGCUAGUCAAUUUAGAAUAAAUUUUAUUUCGCUGA